UGCUAGUCAACAUCGAUAUGUCAUCAUCCAUAGCCAAGCAAACCAAGUCGUAGAGUUUGCGGUGUUGAUGUAUCGUUUCACCAGAUUUUUCACUAAAAUUACAUUUUUGAGGGAAUAUUAAUAUAUGAGAAAAUUCUAUUAAAAUGUUCAAGAAAUUUGAUGAAAAAGAAAGUGUUUCUGGAACUCUGCAGCUCAAAUCAUCUGUGCAAAAGGGUAUCCGAGCGAAACUUAUUGAACAAUUUCCCGAUCUAGAGCAGUUUAUGGAUGUUAUACUUCCAAAGAAGGAUGGAUUCAAAAUAGUAAAAUGCCACGAUCAUAUAGAAAUAAUUGUCAACACCAGUGGGGAGCAGUUAUUCUUUCGGCAACGUGAAAGUGCAUGGAUGCCGACUCUCAGGUUAUUUCAUAAAUAUCCAGUGUUCCUUCCCAAAGAACAAGUGGACAAGGGAGCGAUUAGAUUUGUUCUUAGUGGUGCGAAUAUCAUGUGCCCGGGUCUCACUUCACCGGGAGCGAGGAUGACACCCGUAGAAAAAGGAUCUAUUGUAGCAAUCAUUGCUGAAGGAAAACAAAACGCUUUGGCUAUUGGAGUGACGACUCUUUCCACAGAGGACAUUGCAAAGAUCAACAAAGGAAUUGGCGUGGAAAACUGCCACUAUCUUAAUGAUGGCCUAUGGCAAAUGAAACCCAUAAAGUAAUCAUCCUUCUUAGGAGGGAUCUCGUGUGAUGAGAAGGACCUUGAUGUGGUUGGUCACCUAUCACUCAUUGAUGUGUAAACUCUAUUUGUAUUGAAUUUGAAGGAAUUACAACCAGAGUCGGAUCAUCAA